AUUCAGCGCCCUGACCGGCUCCUGUGUGGUGAUUCCCUGCAGCAUCCCGUACCAGGAAGAUGAGCCGUUCACACGUGGUGUCUGGUCCAAAAGAAAUAAUGAUAUCAUCUACCAUAAUGACCAGAGCAUUGUGGUUGACCAUUUCAAGGUCCGCACCAGAAUAUUAGGAGAUCUGAAUGAGGGGAACUGCUCAUUAGAGAUUGAUGACAUCAAGCCCUUUGACAAUGGGCCCUUCUGUUUCCAUGCAGAGAAACAGGGCAUGGACAGAUACAGAUUCAACAAUAGCUGCGUAUUCAUUGUUAUGAAAGCGUCCCCAGAAAAACCGGUGAUGACCUCAGUUCCAGCAGAAGUUGAUGCUGGCUUAACGAUUACUGUCUCGUGUUCUGUGACACACACAUGUCCGUCACAUCCUCCAGUGUUCUCAUGGAGUGUCCCUCACCUCACCAGCGAGGUCACACACAACUGGAUGCCGCAGGGCACCUGGGAGACGACCUCCACCAUCACGUUCAUGGCUGCUGGAGGAGAUGGGGUCAAAAACCUAACCUGUACUGCCAUCUUCUGGCGUGGCAAGCAACGAGCCAGCACAGUCCAGAUGACUGUGAAAGGAUCAAGCUCUCGGGCAGUAGCAAUUGCUUUGUCAACUCUAUUCCUGAUUGUAAUCAUCCUAGCUGCAGCGUUUGGAGUGGUCUUCUAUAGGAGGAGGAAGCGCUCUGCCAACCAGCUUAGACCACCACCUCGUCCUGAGAAAAGGAGAUCACUAUGGGAUAGAUUAUCCAAGAGAAACCCUGAAGACAGGCAGAGACCUCCAAGACCAGAAAAACGGGGGUCCAUUUGGAAUCGAUUCUCCCGAAACCAAGGCAACGCUGCUAACCUCAGUGUUGGCUAUUCACGCAACACCCCCACCAUUGUAAACUGUGACACUAAAAUCUCCAAACAACGCUUUCCAUCCCCAAAGGAUCACCGGAGAGCUCCUCGCUCCGUCAGUCCUGAGGAUUACAAUGUGUAUGGCAACUGUUGAGUUCUUCAAGAUACUUCUCAGAAACAUCACAUCCUUAGGGACAACAUUGCUGUUAUUUUUUUACAUUCACACACAACUGCACAGUACAUGUUUGCAUGUGAAGGGUGAUGUUGGUCUUUCAUUUAACCUUGCUUCAUUUAAAUAAUGUAUUAUCGGCUGUCAUUUAACAAUAAAUAAAUAUGCUUAU